AUGAAAAAUAAUCAUGCUUUGGUAUUGUAGUUAUUCAGAAUUUAUAACAAUGUAUGAUGUUCAACAAAGCUUCAAAUAUUUUACCAACUUUGCAUUGUUUUCUUUACUGUUGAAAAUUAUGUAUAUACUAUCUAUUUUUAAUUACAUUCUAACAUAAUAAUUCGCCACAUAAUAAUAAUAUAAUAACUAUAAUUUUUAUUUUGACAAUUUAGAGCAAUUUUCAUACAUCACAAACAGUAUGUAAAUGAAGAAAAAGAAUUCAAUCCACAAAAAGAGCAUCUUUUAUUUGUAAUGAUAUAAUAUUAACUACGUAUACAAAUAUGAAUUAUAUAAAUAUGAAUUAUAUAUAAAAGUAAAUUAUGUAUUAAAAUCAAGUUUUUUCUUAAUAUUUCUGAAAUUACACUCUGCUAAAAAAAUUAAAAACCCAAUUGCUUUUAAUAUGUAAUAUCUGCUACUAUUUAAAAAUCGAUUGUUAUGUAUCGAUACUUUAAAGUUCGAUACCUAACACAAUAGUGUAUAACAUUUGUAUGACUAUAUCUCUAACUGUGAUUUAACCACUCUGGUCGCCAUUUCAAUUCUUCUGGAAUUAGGCUUGCCAAAGAACGUAAGUUUACGUAAUAAAUUUUGUAUAAUUAAUAAAUAUUACAAUAAUCAAACGUGCAGUUUUAAUGUAAUAAAUUACUAUACUACAAGCAAUAAAUGUAAAUAUAUUUCGUUAAAUAAAUUUUUUAGUAAAGGAUGUUAUUUGAUUAUUAGAUAACCAAAAGAUGUAUGGCGAUCAAUAUGUAAUAUUAUCUCAAAAUAUAAAUUCGAUAGGAACUAUGUCAUCUACAAUUAUUGAUAUUUGUUCUUAUAAUUUUAUGUAACUAUCAAAUUUAUAUUUACAUUUGAAAUUUAUUUUGCUUAAACAUUUCUUACAUAUAAUGUAUAAAAUCAUAAUUCCGAUAGAAAAUUGGAUAUAUAUACAUAUAAAAUAAGAAUUAUAUUCAAUUUCAAUGUAUUUUCUACAUAUUCAUUAAUUAAAUCAACAUUACAACUUACAACUAUAGUGAGGAAAAUUUUGUUUCAUUUUUAUUUUAUAACAGCUAUUAAAUUUUAUUUAAUUAUCAUAUAUGUAUAACAUGUUACUUUAUAUUUAAUAUUAUUAUAUUAAAUAAUAUUAAUUUUAGAACACAAUGGCAAACAAAGUAUUGCUAUCUUGCUUACGACAAAAAGCUCCAAAGUAUGCAAAUUCUAUUCGUUGUUUAUCAGGAGUACCUGAUAUACCUGAUAAAAUUGGCAAUAGAGAUAUAGUAGGUCAUGGAUGGAAUGGAGAAGCAGCUUACUUAGAUCGAUGUGAUUUUCCAUUACCUGCAAUUCGUUUCAAAGCAAAUACUCCUGAUGUAAUGGCAUUGCGAGAGAAAGAGAAAGGUGAUUGGAAAAAAUUAUCAAUAGAAGAAAAAAAAGCAUUAUAUCGAGCCAGUUUUUGUCAAACAUUUAGUGAAUUCCAGGCUCCAACAGGAGAAUGGAAAGGAUCCAUUGGACUAGCUUUAAUUGGUGUAGCUUUCAGUAUUUGGGUAAUAAUAUUUCUCAAAACUUUUGCAUAUCCACCAUUACCAGAAUCAUUUAAUUUAGAAAAUAGACUUGCACAACUGGAACGUAUGCAACUACUUGAAGUCAAUCCUAUUAGUGGAAUUAGUGCAAAAAAAUAAAUUUAACUUAUGUUUAGAAAUGUAGUAAAAAAUACAGUGUAUUGUAUACACGAAAUAUUGUUUAAUAUAAAUAUCCUGUACAAGAUUAAUAGGAAAAAAUUUUAAUAAAUUAAAUGUUUCUCUUGAAAUAAAAUUUUAUUAUGCAAUAUUUGUGUAUGUUCAAUCAUAGAUACUGUUUAUAAAUAGUAGGAUUUCUAUCUAUUUCUAUUUUAACGUCUAUUGCUUUUUCUAUUGUCAUCGAGUAUGCGAUGUAUUUAUAUUGGAUAUCAAUAUUUCAUUCAUAUAUAUUCCUGCUUUUUCAUUUUUCUUCAAAUUCUCAAUCCUGAUAUCUCAGACGUUUGAUCGAAUAACAGGGUACAUAUUUUAUGAUACGUAAAAAUAUUUAAUAAUAUUAUUUACUUAAUAAUAUAAUUAAGUAAAAGUUUUCUAUUUUUAUUUUCUAUUAUUUUUCAUAAUUAAAAUUUUUUUAAUUAUGUAAAUUUUAUAUACUCGAGAUACU